AUGUCCGACCGCUCCUAUCGACAUCGACCGGGAGGUUCAUCCAGAGGCCCUAGAAGUGUAAUAGGUGGAGGAUAUGCCGUGGAUCAGGCAUAUCUUCUUCCCAACUACCAUUUCUCGGCCUUAAAGAAUGAAGGAGUCAAGUUGAACAUGCCGGAUGAUUGGGGAGAGAACACUACCAUCAUUACUAGUGAACAGAGUUUUGCCACUGGACUCCCUGACAAGAUACAUACGCCUCCAGAGCCCGCUAAGCAGCCGGAAAAGAGUUGUGUAAGUCUAUUCAGCUCGUGUCUCAUGUUCGUCUUCACCGUUUGGAUGGUGUUCUCCGCUUUGGCGAUGGUUGUGAUCCCUGUUCUGCUGAUACAGGCAGAUUUAUAUGAGACUAAAGAUAUACAAUGCAAUCUGGAUUGUACAGUAAGUUGUCGGCUCUUAAACCAAUCCUAACUUUUACUUUCAGACCAACAUUUUUGUUAUUUUCAUCUUUACUUUGAUCUUAACCUAUGCGGUUUGGGCAACCAUGAAGUCAACGAACGCUGUUUUACCCCGAGUUCGGUUUCGUCGUAUUUCUUUCAUCUUCUUCCUGGUCUUCAUCCUCUGCUCAUUCUGGUUGUUUUAUAUUGUUCAAGCGCUUCUACGCUCUACUAUCGAUUAUCUAGUCAUCCAAAAACUUGCCAUUACGCUCCUAUUCGUAUUGAUUAUUCUCCAGAUCUUGUGGAUUACCCAUGAUCGUCUUCGAAGAUCGACGAUGUUUAGAGUAACGAUAACUCGAGAUCCAGAUGGUGAAGUUCACGUCGUUCAGUUGGGACAGACUUCUAUCCAGGAGAUUGCUGUCGAAAUCCUUAGGUUUUAUGAAACCAAUUUCUCAAAUUUCAAUCUUCAAACAUAUCGAUCUAGAACCGGGGCGGCUCAGAAGAACAUUACAAUGCCCACAGCCGGGUUUAAAUUAUAUGAUAUCGAUGGAAAUGCAUCUCAAGGAGUGGACGAGGAGGCCAUGAAGAAGAUGGUUGAAGUGGCUGCUAAACAGAGUGCUGCUUUAUCUAGUGAUUACUGUAUGGAAGAAGGAGAUCGGGAGAGAAAAAUGAGACGGAAAAAGUAUCGAUUGUUACUGUCGACAGAAGAGGCCUUCGCUCAGAUUAAUUCGAUGAAUCAGAAGUUUGUAAGUGAUGAGGUAAGUGAGCUUAAUAAAGUCACUCUUGAAAUAAUUGAAGCGGAUGUGUUAUUCUACCAUUUCAGAUGAGUAGGUUGGAUCCAAUAAAAUCAGCAAAAAUGGUUAGUGGGGCAAUUGGAAAGCAUUUGCAUCGUUAUCUGAAGCACACUCACCAGCAAGCCGAGUUCCCUCCAACCAUGGUACAGCAUGACCUCGAGACUUGUUUUAGAAAUCAGCUCUCUGCCAGGACCUUUUUGAGUCGGUUCUUCAGUCCUCAACGAUCUCAAGCGGUAGGGUUGCCGUUACAACGCGUUGUAAACAAGCGCUAUAACUUUAUUCGCAUUUUCAAUAGUUAUGAGCUGUGCUAUAAUUUUGUGUUGCAGGCGAUUCCCGAGUCGAGGUGGACGAUUUUAUCCGAACGGAUCGUCACUCAGCAGAUCCAAGAUGGCACUGAGUUUGUCCUGAGAUGCCGGGACGAUAACAGUGGCAAUAUCCAGCUUUAUUGUACAGUAAACAAGUUCCCAUUCUUCAAUUUCACAGAGUCUCAUUUCCCUCGUUCGUAA